AAAGUAUUAGUUUGAUGUCCUCUAAAUAUGCGGAUUAUAAGGUUUCCAUUCCAAAAUAUGUGGGCUCUAAACUUUGGUGGUUCGAAUGUAUUAAAUACACAACUAUGUAUAUUUAUAUGAAUAUAUAAAUAAGGUUGUUAGUAUCAGAUCCCAUAUAAUGCUUACAGUCUCACAGGUAGGCUCAUAGCAAGGGUGAGUGCAGGCUUUCAUUCACUCAUGACUGCCCAUUUCUCGUGAAGCCUACGUGAGAAAAGAAUUUUCUUUUUCUCUCCCAACUGAUUCAGACCCACAAAUCUCUCUUUGAGACAGAAAAACACCUGGUCCGUGAAACCUGUACCAAAACAUUGUACCCUCUCUUCAUUUUUUUUCCUUUCUUUCUUCUCUUAUCUUCUUCUCUUUCAUUCACAGAAGCCUUGCCUCUGAAGUCAUUUCUUGUUUUUGGCUCCUGCAAUCAUGUUUUGUUGAUAAAAGAAAAAAAAAUAUGGGCAUUCCAUAUUACAUCCCAUGUUCCAUAAUACCAGUCCUUUCUGUGUAGCAGCUUGUUUCUUUUGUUUUCUUCUGAUUGUUGUUGGUUCUAGUAGCUCUUUCUCUUAUAUGUGUCUCUCUCUCAGUUUCUAUUCUAAAACCUGUUGAUUGAUUGUACUUCUUCUCACUGGUGUACUCUGCAGUCCCAAGGUUUCAAGAAAUCUUAGAAAUGGGUUUUCUUGAAAAUGUUUGAGGAAGCUGAUUUAGGCUUUAGAUUGUAUUUGUGCUAUCUUCUUCUUGAGUGAAAGCCUUCAAACUCUGUAUCUCCCAUUGAAGAAGUGGAUUAUAUAUAUAGACAGUGAUCCUUACUCCCCAGAAGCUAUUAAAGAUUGAAGAGGAAGGAGUGGAUUCCUAAACGAAGAUUGUCGUAGUGGAGCUGAAAAAGUGUUUCUUUGAUGGCUCUUUGAUAUCUGUUUGGGGGUUUUGAGAAGAAAAUUUUAGCAAAAGAAAGGGAGCAGAUAAUGGCAUUUUUGUUGUUCUUUUCUUUUCUGCUAUCUGGGUUUAUCUCAAGUUCGGAGCUUGUGUGUGCUCAGCUCCAUGAUCAAGCUACAUUGUCCGCCAUUAACAAAGAGCUUGCUGUUCCUGGGUGGGGCGCCAACAACUCCGAUUAUUGUACCUGGCCAGGCAUUAUCUGCGGUUUGAAUCGUUCUAUGGUGGAAAAGCUCGAUCUUUCUCAUCUUGAACUCCGAGGUAAUAUCACUUUACUCUCUGAGCUCAAAGGUUUGAAGUGGCUUGACCUAUCUUAUAAUAGCUUCCAUGGUUCAAUUCCUUCAGCUUUGGGAAAUUUAUCUGAGCUUGAGUUUCUUGAUUUGUCUUUGAAUAAGUUUGGAGGGUCUAUUCCACCAGAGUUGGGUAGUCUCAAAAACCUUAGAUCAUUGAACCUCUCCAAUAAUUUGCUUAUAGGAGAAAUACCAGCUGAACUUCAGGGCCUAGAGAAAUUACAGGAUUUUCAACUUUCUAGUAAUAGGUUGAAUGGCUCUAUCCCAAUUUGGGUGGGCAAUUUGACCCAUCUGAAAAUUUUUACAGCCUAUGAGAAUGAUUUAGGUGGUAAAAUUCCAGAUAACCUCGGGUCAGCUUCUGAGCUUCAUUUGCUGAAUCUGCAUUCCAACCAGCUUGAUGGCCCAAUACCCAAGAGCAUUUUUGCUUUAGGGAAGCUGGAAAUUUUGAUUCUCACCCAGAACAAAUUGACCGGUGGUCUACCUGAAGAAAUUGGAAACUGCAGUGGUCUUUCCAGUGUCCGAAUUGGGAACAAUAAUCUUAUAGGUAGCCUUCCUCGUUCAGUUGGAAAUAUUAGUAGCCUUACUUACUUUGAAGCAGACAAUAACAAUCUAUCUGAUGAGGUUGUCUCGGAAUUUGCUAAGUGCUCUAAUCUCACACUCCUAAAUUUAGCUUCAAAUGGAUUUACUGGAAAGAUUCCUCCAGAGUUUGGACAGCUUCUGAAUUUGCAGGAAUUGAUUCUUUCUGGUAACAACCUGUUUGGAGAUAUCCCAGAAUCGAUUCUCGAGUGCAAAAAUCUUAAUAAGCUGGAUCUGAGCAACAACAGAAUCAAUGGGAGUAUACCUAAUGACAUCUGCAACAUGUCAAGAUUGCAAUACUUAGUUUUGGGUCAGAAUUCAAUAAGAGGGGAGAUACCCCAUCAGAUUGGAAAUUGCGUCAAAUUACUUGAGUUGGAAUUGGGAAGAAACUAUUUGACUGGCACUAUCCCUCCAGAGAUUGGGCAUAUCAAGAACUUGCAGAUAGCUUUAAACUUGAGUUACAAUCAUCUGCAUGGAGCACUUCCUCCUGAGUUGGGGAAACUUGACAAGCUGGUUUCUCUGGAUGUUUCUAAUAAUCAGCUCUCAGGCAAUAUUCCAUCUCAACUAAAGGGCCUGUUGAGCUUGAUAGAUGUUGAUUUCUCAAAUAAUCUGUUCACCGGACCAAUUCCAACUUUUGUACCAUUCCAAAAGAGUCCAAAUUCAAGUUUCAUGGGGAAUAAAGGGCUUUGUGGAGAGCCAUUGAACUCCUUAUGUGGAAACUCUGGCGGUCCUGACCACCAGAGUUACCAUCACAGGGUCUCUUAUAGGAUCAUACUAGCAGUUAUUGGUUCUGGUUUGGCAGUUUUUAUAUCAGUAACUGUGGUUGUUCUACUGUUUAUGAUGAGAGAGAAACAGGAAAGAGCAGCCAAAGCUGCAGAUCCUGAAGAUGAUGGAGCCAAUAGCCAUCCAACAAUAGUAGCAGGAAAUGUAUUUGUCGAGAAUCUCCGACAGGCAAUAGAUCUUGAUGCUGUUGUGAAAGCAACUUUGAAGGAUUCAAACAAGCUCAACAGUGGGACUUUCAGCUCCAUUUACAAGGCGGUUAUGCCAUCUGGGCUUGUUCUGACAGUGAAGAGACUGAAAUCUAUGGACAGGACAAUUAUUCAUCACCAGAACAAGAUGAUUAGGGAGCUCGAAAGGCUGAGCAAACUCUGUCAUGACAACCUAGAGCGGCCCAUUGGAUUUGUCAUUUAUGAAGAUGUUGCCCUUUUGCUGCAUCAUUACUUACCCAAUGGGACACUAUAUCAGCUUCUUCAUGAAUCUACAAAACAACCUGAAUAUGAACCCAAUUGGCCUACAAGGCUCUCUAUUGCUAUUGGAGUUGCCGAAGGGUUGGCUUUCCUCCAUCACGUAGCAAUUAUUCAUCUUGAUAUUUCUUCUGGUAAUGUUCUUUUAGAUGCAAACUUCAGGCCUUUGGUUGGGGAGAUUGAGAUAUCAAAGCUCUUAGAUCCAUCCAGAGGCACCGCAAGUAUUAGUGCAGUGGCAGGCUCAUUUGGUUAUAUUCCCCCAGAAUAUGCAUAUACAAUGCAAGUUACAGCACCGGGAAAUGUUUAUAGCUAUGGUGUCGUUUUACUUGAGAUGCUUACAACGCGAUUACCAGUUGAUGAUGAAUUCGGUGAAGGUGCAGAUUUGGUGAAGUGGGUGCAGAGUGCUCCAACAAGAGGGGAAACCCCUGAGCAGAUACUUGAUUCAAGGCUUAGCACAGUUUCGUUCGGUUGGAGGAGAGAAAUGCUUGCAGCUCUUAAGGUUGCAUUACUCUGCACUGAUAGCACACCAGCUAAGCGGCCAAAAAUGAAGAAGGUAGUUGAAAUGCUUCAAGAAAUAAAGCAAAACUGAGGGAAAAAUCAACAUCUGAAACUAUGCAAACAACAUCGUUGGAUCAAAGCUUUAGUAGAUUGGAAUCCUGAUCCAGAGUCAGAAAGGAAGUGGUUUUUUCUCCACAUUAAAUCUGUUCAGACCAGUCUGUGUUCUCGGAUCAGCAACAUGAUUAUCAAAGGCACUAAGUUAACUGGCAGCUCGUAAUCUAUUUUGCAUUGGAACAGAAAAUAGGUGGUGGGUUUAAUCCAAAGAGAGUUCUCCAAUAAGCAAAGGAGUACUCAGAGUUUCUCAUUACAUAUUAGGCCAGCAAUUAUAUUGUUGCAAUUUCUGGGUUUUUAGAUUUUAAAAUGCUGAGUUGUAUUGUCAAAAAUCAUUCGGUUUCUUUCUUGAUGAAGUUCAUAUCUUUUUAUACAACAAAAAAACUUGUCAAAUUUUCUAUGUGGUU